GCUCCUGAAAAAGUGUCAGUCGUAAUAGCGAGCUGAAACUGAACGAGAGUAAAAGUGAGAAGAAAAUAAGACAGAAAUUUAACCAUGUCGAAAAUCGGAAUUAACGGAUUUGGCCGCAUUGGCCGUCUGGUGCUCCGUGCCGCCAUCGAAAAGGGAGCCAACGUGGUUGCCGUGAACGAUCCCUUCAUCGAUGUCAACUACAUGGUCUAUCUGUUCAAAUUCGACUCGACUCACGGUCGUUUCAAGGGCACCGUUGCGGCUGAGGGCGGCUUCCUGGUGGUGAAUGGCCAGAAGAUCACCGUGUUCAGCGAGCGCGACCCGGCCAACAUCAACUGGGCCAGCGCCGGUGCCGAGUACGUGGUGGAGUCCACCGGAGUGUUCACCACCAUCGACAAGGCUUCCACCCACUUGAAGGGCGGUGCCAAGAAGGUCAUCAUCUCGGCCCCCUCCGCCGAUGCGCCCAUGUUCGUGUGCGGCGUGAACCUGGAUGCCUACAGCCCCGACAUGAAGGUGGUCUCGAACGCCUCCUGCACCACCAACUGCCUGGCUCCCCUGGCCAAGGUCAUCAACGACAACUUCGAGAUCGUCGAGGGUCUGAUGACCACCGUGCACGCCACCACUGCCACCCAGAAGACCGUGGACGGACCCUCGGGCAAGCUGUGGCGCGACGGCCGUGGCGCCGCCCAGAACAUCAUCCCGGCCGCCACCGGAGCCGCUAAGGCUGUCGGCAAGGUCAUCCCAGCCCUGAACGGCAAGCUGACCGGCAUGGCCUUCCGCGUGCCCACUCCCAAUGUGUCCGUCGUGGAUCUGACUGUCCGCCUGGGCAAGGGAGCUAGCUACGACGAGAUCAAGGCUAAGGUCGAGGAGGCUUCCAAGGGACCCCUGAAGGGAAUCCUCGGCUACACCGACGAGGAGGUCGUCUCCACCGACUUCCUCAGCGACACCCACUCGUCGGUCUUCGACGCCAAGGCUGGCAUUUCGCUGAACGACAAGUUCGUCAAGCUCAUCUCAUGGUACGACAACGAGUUCGGUUACUCCAACCGUGUCAUCGACCUGAUCAAGUACAUGCAGAGCAAGGAUUAAAUGCCGUUGACGUACAAACCCGGGGACCAAAAGUUGAUCGGGCAUCACUGUUGCAUAACCUGUAUGCGCCCCGGGAAUUCUGCACUAUGCGCAAAUUAUUAUGCUUUUUUGGUUGGCUCCUAAAGUUACCAGAAUCAUUGCAAACAUUUAAAUACAAGUAUCCAUAGCAUCACAAAUAUAUUUAUUGUUGUUAAAUAAAGUAUCGCUCUGCUACUGUAAUGAAAAGCCAGCUAAUUAGAAAAUAAAAUUGUGUGCAUAGAUGAA